AUGAUCAAUCGUUUAUUUGCUGCACUUUGUUCCUGGCUAAUCACAUGUUUCACAUUUAUUCGUUUUAUUAAUAUUUUCCAACAAUUGAACACUAUUCGGUCGAAUAUCAUUCUAGUCACUUUAUUAACAAUCAUAUUCUCUAUUGCUAAUAGCUACUUAAUAGUUACAUUAGAUUAUGAUCGAGGUGGACAAGCACACUAUCAUGAGAAUUCUUCCGCCGACGUCUACACACUCUUACAGCAGAAUAAUUCAGCUCGCUGUUACAUACGUGAUCAGUAUGGUAAUAAUCCACUAAUAUUAUUACUAAAUACUCUUGUAGCUGGAUUUCUCAAUCUUGCUCUCCCAUCGAUGUUGACUCUAAUAGUCAAUAUAGCAAUUGUAUGCUAUAUCAAACGCAUUUAUGAAACGCAGACGAACUUUUAUCCCAGUCCACGACGUUCAGACAUUUCCGGACUUCAUUAUCGUUCAACACGUUCGACAUUGCUUGUCAUAUCAAUAACAUAUACAUUAUGCUAUUUUCCAUAUUGUAUUAUUCAUCUUUUAUUAAUACAAUUCGGCGAUACAUACAACACAUUAAUUAAUUGGUCGGAGAUCACGUUUGUUCUUCGCUACAUAAGUCAUUCAGUGAAUUUCUAUGCUUAUAUAUUUACCAGUCAGCGCUUUCGUCGUGAUAUUCUCGUACUAUUCCGCUGUUUUUAUCGGCCAUAUUCCUAUGUGAAAGAACGAAACGAACAACGAAAAAAAAAUAAACGUAGACAAUUAAUGCUUCAGCAUUAUCAUCCGGUACCGAUGUUAUCGUCGCGCUGUCCACCGGUAAAUCGAAUAGUUACUCAUCUACCAGGCAGUCCAGUCAUACAAACAACUGAACAUGGAAAGUCGAAACCGAUUUUACGUUUAGCAGUACCGUUGACUCAAUCGGAUCAAUUGACGAGAAAAGAAUAUGCGUAA